UAAACACUAGCAGUUGUGGUUCUGCCGCACCGCCUCCUCGCUUCUGUGUUGCAGUUCGUCUGUCACUUAGCCUCUUCGCCCGCCCCCGCCACAAGUCUCGGGGGGGCGUCUCGUGCGCUGGGCCCACUGCUUUGAGCAAAUCAUUACAUCACAUGGGAAGCGGUGAGAUGUAAACAAAGCCAAGUGUGGAUGUCGGGGCGCCGUGUGUUUAAAUACCUUUCGAGUGAAAGUUUGUUUGGUGACAGGGACAUUUCGCAGGAACACGUGGAAGACAGGACCCCGUGCUGUGUCCUUCGUUUGCACUUCACACCGACCGCAGUAACCGCCCCCCCCCCUCCUGCUUCGUGUUUGUGCUCACCCACAGGAGCUGAGACGCCGCUUCGGGUCAGAUGAAUGACGGAGUGCGCACGCGUAACAGUGACAACUACAUCAGCGCCUCGCAGUGAUGUCAGCGGGAAACAUGGUGUGGGGUCUCCGUGUAACAGUGCUGCCACCAUCGCCAGCCUCCAGAACUACACAUCAUAGCCAGAUCACCACCUGAGCUCCAUCCCAGUAGACUGGUACGGGCUCCACCGCGCGCCGCCGUAGUAUGAGUUUCUGCACCGGGGAACAAACCAGUGGACCCUCACUACGUCAUCUGGUUCCUACAAACGUCAAUAUGACCCUCCGUACGAAGAGAUACGUGGCCAUGCUUUGCUGUAUCUGUCCAUGCUGAAAAUUCAGUUAAACAGUUCAGUAAUUUAAAGUAAUCGUAAACCGGCUUGUUCUUACAUGUGUGAUAUUGAAAAACACAUGUUGAAAAGUGAUGUGUGAUUGGUGAUUUGUUUUAUAUUUAUUUGUAUAAAUCAGAAGGCAGUAUUAGAAGAGAGAGUUUCCUUUUUCCGUUGUGAGGUGGUAGCUAUGUUGUCUUACAUGCUUCCCGUGGAGGACAAGCCUCCCCCAAUGCCAAAUAAGACCCAUUUGCAGUUAGAACUGGAGUUAGAACAACAGCAACAACACAACAACCAGCGCCACAAUCAUGUGAGCGUGCCGUCGGCCACUGCGGCAACAACAACCGUCCAACCCGAAUCUGACAGUCGAAAGGUCAUCAUCAAGACAACGGCGGCGAAUGUGAAGGCGUCUAACCUAUCAUCAGAGAGCAGUGUCAGCAGCAUCAGCAGCAGCAACGCCAGUCAGCACACGAUGACCCCGACCGAGAAGCCCAAACCGAAACUCAUUGUCAACGGAUCCAAACACGCGACCCUCAAAAGGGUGUCCUUCGGCAGUUCCAAAGGAUCAAUGGUUGAGACACUUAUUUAUGAAAGUCCUCUUCAGGAAGAGCCAGAAGCCAGUCCAAUCCUCGAGGGUGUUUGCCCAUUUUCAGCCGACGGAGAAAAUGGAGAAUCCGAGCCGAGCAAGAAGGUGCGAGUGACCUUCUUUGAGUCCGAGAAGCCUUUGAUCGUGACCUCACCAGAGCCAUCUGACCUCACCGACGAUUUGGAUGCUUCUGGCAUCAUUGCCGCCAUGACGACCUCUGGACCUCUAUCUGACCAUGCGCCGCCUUACGCCCGCCAGACCAGCACUGACAGUGGGUGGGAUAACCCAUUUCGACCUGAUGGUGACCUGAGCCGGGAAGCCGACGAGAUAGUCGAAAUGAUAAAGGGUGGCAAACCGAUCACACCAACCCCAGGCAGCGCGGCUCCCAAACUGCCAUCCGUGACAGAUUCUGAAGGACACGACCAGGCAGAUCAUCACAGUGCUGCAUCUUCACCUGUUGCAACGCCUGCCAGUACGGCGGAUGUCGUGUCUCCAUUGUCACAAUCUGCACCUCUGGGAGCCUCGAAGCAAAACAAUGGAAACAAAAUUGGAGCCAAUGGAAACGCUCCAUGCUCUGAUGAGAAGUCAGCAGCAGCAGGAGCAGUGGAAGUCCAGCAUGGAACAGUGGUCCCAGCAAGUGACGCAUCGCAAGUAGAACACGUAGUCAUCAAGAAAAAGCCAAAGUGCAAGUGCUGUGUGAUCCAGUAAGCCUCCGAACACGAGUAGCAGCGCUACUGUGACUGCCAGGGUACACACAAACACACUCUCACUACCAACUUGGUUUUCAUGUGUGUCUGGUUUUGCAUAAUGCCCACACGUUGCAGUUUAGUGAGCCUGGACUCUUGUUCUUCACAUGAUAUUUUUAAUCCCUCUUUGUUCAUGUUCUGUAAAAUGUUAUGUUUUUAUAUUAUUCUGCUGCUUCUGCUAUGUAAUACUUGGUAAGGGGCAUUUAGUUAUGUUUAACCACUGGAUAUAGGGGAGUGUGUUUGGCUGUGUAACUGUGAAUGCGUACACUUGUCGGAGAAACUGCGGGUACAAUUUCUAGUGCUAAUUCAAUGUGUAUAAGAUAAUGAAAACUUGAACCAAGGAAAUGUACAGUCCUGUCUGUCUGUGCAGUGCAUUCUCUUCGCUUGUGCUUUUAAAAGGAUACACAUGCGUAACAUACAGAUAUGCGCUUCAUUACAAAGACUGGGUUUUGUUCAGCAUUUCUUUUUUGGAAAAAUGGAUAUUUUAGAAAAUUUUUGUAGGAAAAAUCUGUGGACCUGUUGUGCACAUUUGGAGCGGUUGAGGCAAGAUCCUGUCCAUUUCUUCUCAGCAAUUUGAGCUACAGCCCAUCUCUUACCUGCAUAAAUAUAGAACAACACAGCAGAGGUGCUUUAUUGUGUAGUUUACACUCUGGCAGGCAGAGGACGGAUCAGAUGAGCAGUAACACUUCGGAAGGCUGUGGAAGUGGACCUGAAACUUAACAGACAAAAGGGCAUCUGCCACAUAUCUUAAUGUUAAUGUAGCCCAGUGUGAUCACAUGUAACUGCAUGAAUUGGAAAGUCAUUAAGAAACAGACAAUCAGAUGUGAUGAGGACCAGAGAUAGAAUUUCUCGUUUGUUUACUGAGAUUGAUUUUGUAAUCAACAUUUUGUUGCUGGAGCUUUUAAAACCGUGUCUUAAUAUUACAGUAACCUGUACAGAGCAGCUAUCUGAUUGGGUCAACUUUUAUGUAAACCUGCUUUCUCAUUAACUUUUUAUUUUAUGGAUUAAUGUUAUCAAAAUAAGAGGCAGCAAUUCAGAUUGUGUUCCUCUGCACUGUGACACUGAGUAUCCUAGUAGAUGGGUAACAGCGUUUUAGAGGAACAUACUGCUUCCAUCUUCAGGGUUGAAGUGCAGUGUGUUCCUCAAGAUCAUUGAUAUUCACCUGGAAGGUACACGGUGUCACAAUCAGAAGACUACACUCUGAGCAGUCACUGCCAUGAAAACCUGAAAA